AGUGAAGUUUCCCGUGUUACUCCCUGAGACUGAAAAAAGACAUAAAGAAGAAUUAGAUCCCAGCCCAGUGAUGGACUGCCCACAUCUGAGUGACAAUUGCAAGAUAAAUCGUGGAUUAAUACGAACAAAAAAGUGUCAGCUGAUUGAUGGACGUAGCACGGUUACGGGUACAGGUACGGGUGCGGGUACAAUCACGGGCACCCAUCCCAGCCCAAGUUCCAGUGCCAGUCAAACAGGAACAGCAAAGGAAGAAGGUGGGGUGCUUCUCGUGGCAGCGGACAGCACAAGCAACAGCAGUGGUUCCGUCCUCCCUGUGGUGGUAACGCCCGUCACCGUCACAGUCGGCAUCAGUGGUCAUCAUAACCAAAACCAACAGCAGCAAAAAUUAUGGAAAUGUUCAGAAUGCAAGUCGGAGAAAAACAAUUGGAUCUGUUUGCAUUGUGGGGCAGUAUUAUGUGGCCGUUAUGAAAAAGCCCAUGCCUUAAGUCAUUUUAAGGCGAAAAAUCAUAAAGUCUGUAUGAAUACUCUUGAUUAUUCUGUAUUUUGUUACAAAUGUGAUGAUUUUGUUAUAAAUGAAACACACUCAGUUGAAGAACUUCGACAAGAACUCAAAAGUGAAGAUGAUUCAUGUUCGGAGACGUCCUCAUCAUCAAAAUCACAACAAGAAACUGCAAGUGUUUCGUCCAAUGAUUCUGGGUGGGAGGAUACACCAAAACCAGGGAGAAAAUUAAGACCAAGGAAGAGGACAAUUUCAAGUGAGAGUGGAGAUAGUGCGGCGACUCCUAAAAGGAAGUCACUUAGAAAGGUUGUAGGAUUACGGAAUUUGGGCAAUACUUGCUUUAUGAAUUCUGUUCUACAAUCGCUAAGCAACAUCAAAGAGUUUAGUUGUUAUUUUAAUGCCCUUCCCUGUCUAGAACCCAGCGGCAAACAGAAACAACAACGGGUCUAUUGUUCGCGAAGUUUAAAAGAAAGCAUGAGCGAUGCGAAUGUGGUGGAAGAAUUACGCAAAGUGUUGUUAAAUCUCAGCAAGGGCGGCGAUGGUUCCAAAGCGAUAUCACCUGAAUGUUUAUUCUUGGUUAUUUGGAAGGUAGUUCCUCAAUUUCGUGGUCAUCGUCAACAUGAUGCCCAUGAAUUCUUACGCUACAUGCUCGAUCGCCUCCACACCGAGUUGCAACACCUAAGCAUUGACGUGACUCCACUUUUGGCUGCUGAAUGCAAAGCUGCCACGACCAUAGGAACAAGCAAUGGUAAGUCCAUCGCAUAUGGAAAUAUCAAUUCUAUUGGUCCGUCGUGCUACAAAGAUGUUGUCUCAUCAUCAUCAUCAUUCACUCUAUCACAAUCAUCACCAUCUUCAUCUGCAUCUCCUUCUACACCAGCGAAUAGCAAUUACAAAGGUGGACGCAGUUCGAUUGUGACAAAUGUUUUUGGUGGAACUCUGCAGAGCGAAGUGCGAUGUCUGAUUUGUGGCAUGGAGAGCAAGAAGCAUGAUCCUUUUCUUGAUUUGUCAUUGGACAUUCCGGAGAAAUUCUAUAAGGAAUGUGCAGCAAGUAGUUCGACUCUAAGUGGCAAUGCAGGUGGAACAGGAGCGACCUCAGGGAAUGGUUCAACACCAACUAAGGUCAAACCACUUUGUAACAUAAGUGACUGUUUAUCAAGUUUUACUGAGGUUGAAGAAUUAGCCGAAACUGAGCUAUACUAUUGCAGCUCUUGCAAAUGCAAGCAGCGAUCUACAAAGCGUUUCUGGAUCCGAAGGCUACCUAAUGUGCUUUGCUUGCAUAUCAAGAGGUUUAGGUGGAAUAAUUUUUUCAGAACCAAACUGGAUUUGAGGAUUUCAUUCCCUAUAAAAUCCCUGGAUAUGUCGCAAUACGUUCUCAAUAACAUGCCAGAAACAAGGAGGACCAGUCAGUCGUGUAAUGUUUACGAUUUGGCAGCUGUAAUUGUUCAUCAUGGCAAUGGUUCGAGUUGUGGUCAUUAUACAUCUUUUGCAAUCAACAAUGGCACAUGGUUACAUUUCAAUGAUCAUACCGUUAAGGAAGUUCCCUCAUCGGCUGUGGCCGAAUGCAAACCAUACAUACUCUUCUACAUUCGAAGAGACAUCAAUGGCAGUACAAUCAACAGUUUGAAUAUUAAAAACUCAUGAGAUUAAUAACAUAAACAAAAACAACAACAACAAAAUAGUAUAUCGAUUUAAGACAGUACAUUUUUCUUAGUUAGGUUUUAAGAGACUGAUUUCCCCAUAAACCAUUUACAUACAUUUGCAUUUUAUAUAAUAUGUAUACUUCUUUGUUUGAUAUAUUUUCUUUCUAUCUCUUUAUCUCUCCUUACCCUAAUGCCUAAUCUGUAUUCCAUGCCCUCGACCCGCCCCCUCAAAAUAUGACAAAUUCAAUUUUGAUUAAAUUCCUAUUGUUAGUUUUUGUGUUUAUUUAAAUAGAAACAGAUAAAACCGAUGGAAGUAUUAAAUUGUAAAUAUUUAAAACAAGAAAAAAAAAGAAGAAAUCAAUUCUAAAUAAAAGAGCUACAAAAUUAUUUCAAAAUAAACUUCAAAAAUUAGAGACAGACAGACAGAAAAUUAAGGUCUGAUUUUAUUUUAUGAUAUUACAGAACUCACACGCUUAGUUGGAAAUUUAAAUUCGUUUUCUUUUUCUUCAUAAACAAAAGAGAAACUUGAAAAUUCAAAUUUUUGUUCAUUGUGGAGCAGAAAAUCUUUCAAAAACGUUAUUUAUUUAUUAGGCUAAAAAGAUUAUAUAAAUCAUAUUCAAGUCUAUCUACUUUGAUCCUUUGAAAGCAAAACAAAAAUUAAGCAACUUUUGGCAGAACACCAAACUACAUAUUUGGAAAAUACUUGCAAAACAAAAAUAAAUGAAUGCAUAUAAAUUAUCAAAAUUAUAUCCCAGCAAUUAAAAUAAAAUUAUUUAAAAAAAAAAACAAUAUAAACAAAUUGGAUGCAAAUAAUUAAAUUGUCUUAACUAAAAAAAAUGAAGAAAUAAUAAUAUUAAAGGAAAAGAAA